AUGUUGAAAUUGAAACCGCAAAUAGCGAUUGCUGUAGGAAAUUUAUUAGAUUUAGCACAGAAACAGCAAAUAUUAAACAUGGAUAGCAUUACGAAUGGGAUAUUAGAUGUAUUUGAAACAGCCGAUAGUUUCUCUACUCCUAUUUGGCAGCCUAUCGGUGAAAUACUUGGCACAUAUUUUGGUAGUGCUCAAUCACAAUCAACGAUAAAUAUUUCAAUAUUAAAAACAAUUAUGGACAAAGUACCCGUUCAAAAUAGAAAAGAAAUGAUCGUAUAUGUCAUUGAAUAUGCACAAAAAAUUUCUUCAAAAUCGAAAUUUAUUUCACUAUGGAAAUUAUCCGGUUUAACAUUUGACGAUUUGUUGAAACUUGACGUGAUUGAUUCUCAAUUUCUAUCUACUUAUGAUUGGUUAUUAAAUCCAAUAUCAACGGACGUCAAUGAAAUAACACGACCACUAACAUCGUCUCUCGCAUCUUCUACACAAGUCGUUGCUGUAUCACAAUCAUCACACUUUUCCACAACAGAUACGGUUCGUUCAGAUGCUGACUUGGUCAAAUUAUUUCGUUCGAUCAAUAAACAACAGAUCUCUUCGAACACACAACAACAACAAACUAAUCAGUAUUUUCAAGAUAAAAUGAAUCCAUCUGAUAAAUAUUACAUUGAAAAUAUUGUUUUAUCAUAUUUGGAAUCGUGUCUCAUUGCUGAUGUUCCAACAAAACCAACAAUUGAUAAAUCUGCUGUUAGACAAGGAGCUUUUAUUUUAAAUUCACUUAUUCCUCAUGACAAAGAAAACGAAAUUCUAGCUCUUUAG